AUGUGUGCCAUGUUGUUUUGCACCAUCAACAAUUUUCCGGUAUAUGGCAAUUUGUCUGGGUAUAAAGUUAAAGGGCAUAAAGUGUGUCCUAUAUGUGAAAAAGACACAUGUUACCAUCAGCUUGAAAAAGGAAAGAAGACUGUUUAUCUCAAGCAUCGAAAAUUUCUAAAUCGUUAUUAUCCAUAUCGUAGAUUGCGGAAAGCUUUCAAUGGGGAACAAGAGCAUGGUGUUGCUCCAAAGCCCUUAACUGGAGAGGAAGUUUAUCAACGACAACAGGGUAUUACUGCUGUUUUUGGAAAGUACCAAAAAUGGCCUAUUGUGAAUAAUAUAUGGAAAAAGAGGUCGGUUUUCUUCGGUCUUCCAUAUUGGUCUAAUCUUGAGGUAAGACAUUGUAUUGAUGUGAUGCACGUGGAGAAAAAUGUAUGUGAUAGUGUAAUCGGAACACUUCUCAACAUUCAAGGCAAGACAAAGGAUGGUAUUAAUGCUCGUCUAGAUUUGGGCGUGAUAGGUAACAAGACGUAUUUGCCUCCUGCCUGCCACACUUUGUCAAAAAAAGAGAAAACAAGUUUUUGGGUUCCCAAGUCUCGUCAUGAUGGAAGAUGUGAGGGUGUGGGUACACAAGGUUUAAAGAUCAAGAGCUUAAGUAUUGAUGUGGUUGUUCAAGCGCAUUUGUAUAUAUUGAAUAACACGGAUGAAGUUCAACCUUACUUAUCUGCUCACAAAAGCAUCAUAAAGAAAAAGUACCCCAAGAUGAGUGAAAGAGGGUUGUUAAAAGAGCAUAAUAAGAGUUUCUCUGAGUGGUUUAAAGAAAAAAUUGCUGGUGAUGAUAGUGCUUCAAAAACAAUUAAGCGGUUGUCCUAUGAGCCUAAAUGUAACAUAAUAACUUGGAGUGGAAAUUAUAUUAAUAAAAAUUCCUUUUAUACAAAGGCAAAGGAUGACCGUAGUACCACGCAAAAUAGUGGGGUUAUGAUUGUGGCCGAGUCCAUGCACUUCUCUAGUGCUAAAGAUAAAAACCCGGUUAUGGCAUCUAUGCCCUACUUUGGGGUGAUUGAAGAGAUUUGGGAAGUUGAUUAUGUUGUGUUUAAAGUUCCUGUAUUUAAAUGCAAAUUGGUUGAUAUCAACAGUGGUGUAAGAAUUGAUGAAUUUGGAGUUACAUUGGUUGAUCUUAGCAAGUUAGCUUAUGCGGACGAACCUUUCAUCACGACAUCUCAAGCAAAACAAGUUUUUUAUAUCACAGAUCCUUCUAAUAAAAGGUGGUCAGUUGUUGUACAAGGAAAGGUGCAUGAUAGUGAUGAAAAUCAAGAUGCGAAUCUUGAUAUUUCCGAAACUCCUCCUUUCUCAACAAAUGUGCCUACCUUCAUUGAAGAAAAUGUAGAGGAUGAUGUGCAUGCUAUUUGCAUAGAUCAUGAAGAAGGGAUAUGGGAGAACUAG